AUGUUCUACUUUCAUUUUAUAUUUUUCAAUCUUCUUGCUUUCAACUCAGUAUUUUGCCUUAAUAUAUAUCUCGAUACCUAUGAACAACUCAGUUAUAAACCUGUUCAAUUUCGACGUAGCCGUGAAUUAAACAGUCAUUCUACUACGGAUGUUAAAUUCAGAUCUCAUACAUACAACAGAACAUUUCAUUUAAAACUCCAACCAUUAAUUUUUAAUAAAAAUGUAUUUGAUGAUAGCCAUAUCAUUGAUGUCGACGGUAUUUAUCAUUCUAAUGUGAUCAGGCCUUCUGACUUCAUUUAUGAAGGAUAUCUUGAUGGUGACCCAAAUUCAUUAGUUUAUGGGACAAUGCUAGAUGGCAUAUUUGAUGGUUAUAUAACAACCGGUGAUGGAAAAACAUUUACUGUCGAAAAAGCAAAUAGAUAUUUUGACGUUGGUCAACGGCCAAUUCAUUUCCAUUCAAUUGUAUACGCAGACGAGCACAUUACUCAUAAUCGUUUUAUAAAGAAGGACCCCAAUAACGGCGCUCAUUACAGCUGUGCGCUGACAAAGAAACUACACCAAGAUAUGAGAAAAUUUCAACAAUCAGCAAUUGUCGACGAUGAUUAUAUUCUCACCGAGAAUAAUUUGAAUAAUCUGACUAUCCUUGAUCUUGAGUUUGAACGAAUGCAUAAUAGUUUUAAUCAAAGAACAAAGCGUUCAAUAAAAACCGAUUGGAAAGAUGUUGGCGGUCGAAGAGUUUAUGAGGCGCGUACAUGUACUAUAUACCUCCAAGCUGAUCACAAAUUAUAUGAGCACAUCUAUAACAAGGAAGGAAAUGGUGAUCAUAUCAGAACUCGUGAGGAGAUUGUUGCUCUCCUUUACACUCAUAUCAAGGCGGUUAAUCAAAUUUACGAAAGUACCAAUUUCAAUGGAAUUCAUGGGAUCAAUUUUGCAAUCAAGCGAACUACAAUUUAUACACCAUCCACAUGCAAGGGCGAAAGAGCAGCAACUACAGGAAAUCCUUUUUGUGAGGAGAAUGUUGACGUGUCAAACUACUUGAAUAUGAAUUCACAAAAAGACCAUAGCGCUUUUUGUCUGGCUUAUUCCUUAACUUAUCGUGAUUUUAUUGGUGGAACUUUGGGUUUAGCAUGGGUCGCAUCACCUUCUCAAAGUACGGCUGGUGGAAUCUGCCAAAAAUACCAACGCUAUAACGAGCACCAACGUGGCGGUGUUAGCCGUUCAUUGAAUACAGGGAUCAUAACAUUAGUCAAUUAUGGUAAUCGAGUUCCUCCUCGUGUUUCACAGUUAACACUAGCUCACGAGAUUGGUCACAAUUUUGGUUCACCUCAUGAUUUUCCAUUAGAGUGUCAGCCUGGUCUUCCUGACGGAAAUUUCAUUAUGUUUGCUUCAGCAACCUCUGGUGACAAGCCUAAUAACUCAAAAUUUUCACAAUGUUCAAUUGCAAAUAUUAGUGAAGUGUUAUUUGAGGUUCUUGGACAGAGUCCGAAAGCUUUCACACUUGGAAGAAAAAAGAAUUGUUUUACGGAUCAGUUGAAAUCAUUCUGUGGCAAUCAAAUCAAAGAAGAUGACGAGCAAUGUGAUUGUGGUUUUACAGCUUUAGAUUGUCAGGAGAUGGGAGACCGAUGUUGUACGCCGAGAGAGGGUGCUACUGAAAAGCCUGGCAAACUUUGCAGUCCUUCUGAAGGAUUAUGCUGUAAUCCUGACAAUUGCUCAUUUUAUGCUGGUGGUGAUCGUCGUCCUUGUCGUGAAGAUUCGGAGUGUCAACAUCGUCAAUUUUGUGAUGGUUCUAGAGCUAGUUGUCCACCUAGCAAUCACAAGCCUAACGGAAAGCCAUGUCAAGAUAGCACAAAGGUUUGUCAUCAAGGAAGCUGUAAUGGUUCAUUAUGUGCGCAUUAUAAUUUGCGAGAUUGUUUCUUGACUGAAGGCAGGCCAGAAGACCUUUGUCAGCUUGCUUGUGAGAAGAAUGGAGUUUGUCUUCCUUCUGUGAGUCUUCCAGAGUUGGCGCUCGCGAAUUUAUCACAGGAGGGUCGAAGUGCCGGCUUCUUACUUCUUCCUCCAGGCUCGCCAUGCAAUAAUUAUUUGGGUUAUUGCGAUAUAUUCCGAAAAUGUCGUUCCGUCGAUUCAAAUGGGCCUUUAGCACGUUUGAAGAAUUUACUUUUCAAUCGUGAAGCUAUAAAGGAGUUUACUCAACUUGUCAAGGUUUUUUUACUGUUAAUAUUUUUAAUCUAUCAACUAAAGGAAAACUGGUGGGGCUGCGUAUUUGUAGGAAUCGUUGUUCUCAUGUUCAUGGCAUUAUUUGUCAAAUGUUGCGCAGUGCACACACCAAGUACAAAUCCAAACAAGUUGCCCCCUGCGAAUUUUUCGGACACUUUACGUCAUCCUGGCACUCUAUUGCGCCGUGGUCACGGUGGAGUACCUAAUAAUCGACCUGCGGUGUCUCAUAAUCGGCCUGUCCCUCAACGCAAUGAACGAGAGAGACCAUCACGCUCAACAAACAAUCACUCACGUUCAGCUCCAACGAAUUCCAGAGGUGACCUUGUUCCUCGUUCCGUGGUUGCUGUUCCUGAAGUUGCGAAUGUUACUUCUAGAAGUUCUGCUUUGGUUGCAGAAACUCCUUUGAUUCAGUCAAAUUCAAUUGCCGUACCUCCUGCAGAUCCUCCACCUCCUUAUGAAUUGACUGAUCCCACGCCUUCAAUUAGUGCUCAAGUGCCAAUUUCGACCAAUCAAACUGCUUCACCUUCAAGCACACAACCUGUAAAUUCGUUAGAAGGCUGCUCUAUUAUAAAUCAAUGCGAACCUUUGCCAAUACGUUUGCCUACUGCACCUCCUCCAGUUUUAACUACAGGUUGUUCAGUCCUCCCUCUCAUUCCAGGUCCUCCAAUAAAUAGUGAUAGCCAAUGUGGCCCUAGGCCCGGGCGUCGAAAACCUAAACCGUUACCGCAGCAGAUUAAACAACGAAAGAAGGAAUCAGUGCCACUAUCCAACGAUAAACGUUAUAAAAGGCAAGCCAAAUAA